CAACUCUCUUGCCUUUUCCUGGCGUUCUUGUCGUCUCUCCUCCUCCUUUAUCCGUCACCUGUAUUCUCGAUUGAUCGACUAUGGCGUUCUGAAUCCUUCUUCACGUGCUUUGCGGUAUCGAAUCUCGAGGCAUACGUACUCUGCAAAUCUACCUCUGAUUCGUUCCUUUGCUUCGGUGCUGUUUGUUUUGCUCUCCCAUGGCGAUUGAGGAGGAUACUGAGAGUUGCGGAAGUAGAGCUACGGACUCGAUUGCGCAGACCAAUCCUGGGCACAGGCAAAAACUAGAGGUUUAUCAUGAGGUGCUUAGGCGAAUCCAGGAGUUAAAUUAUGAAGAAGCAAAUCUUCCUGGUUUUGAUGAUCAGCUAUGGCUUCAUUUCAAUCGACUACCGGCUCGGUAUACAUUGGAUGUGAAUGUGGAUCGAGCAGAAGAUGUGCUAAUGCACAAGCGAUUAUUGCAUUUGGCAGAAGACCCUGCUAAUCAACCUGCAUUUGAUGUUCGUCUUGUGCAGGUUUAUCCUGUCUCCAAUGGACAUUCUGUUGACUCUGUCCAUUUAGAUUCCUCAACUGAAGAAGAAGCGCAAAGCUCUUAUUACUCAAACAGACGCGGCAUGCAUCCACCACCUACCUUUGGUUCAUCACCUAAUCUUGAAGCCCUUGCUCUUCAAGCAAAUAGAUAUCAUCCUGAAGAUGGAGACAGUACCGCGAAUCCAAUAUCACAACCUUUUUGCCCAAUGCAUGAGAUCACCUUUUCAACAGUUGAUAAGCCUAAGCUCCUCAAUCAGUUAACUUCCUUACUUGCCGAGGUUGGAUUGAACAUUCAAGAAGCUCAUGUCUUUUCCACUGCUGAUGGGUUCUCUUUGGAUGUCUUUGUUGUUGAUGGUUGGCCUUAUGAGGAAACCGAGGAGCUAAAAAUUGCUCUGCAAAAGGAAAUUUUAAAGUCUAAGGAGCAAUGUUCAAAUCAAAGUCCAAUCCCUGCUGUGACUGUGAGUGAACACAUCAAAGAACAGAUUGUAUCCUUACCUGGCUGCAUAGAAAUCCCUUCUGAUGGAACUGAUGUAUGGGAAAUUGAUACCAGGCAGCUGAAAAUUGAAAACAAAGUUGGUUCUGGAUCAAACAGUGAUCUGUACAGAGGCACAUAUUGCAGUCAGGAAGUUGCAAUAAAAAUCCUAAAGUCAGAGCUUGUUACCACAGAAAUGCUGAGAGAAUUUUCUCAGGAGGUUUUUAUAAUGAGGAAAAUUCGGCAUAAGAAUGUUGUUCAGUUCAUAGGUGCAUGUACAAGGCCUCCAAAGCUGUGCAUUGUGACUGAGUUCAUGGCCAGAGGAAGCAUAUAUGACUAUAUACAUAAACAAAAAGGAGUUUUUAAGUUGCCAUCUCUACUCAAAGUGGCAAUUGAUGUUUCCAAGGGAAUGAACUAUUUGCACCAAAAUAAUAUAAUCCACAGGGACCUCAAAACUGCCAAUCUUCUGAUGGAUGAAAAUGAAGUUGUUAAAGUAGCAGAUUUUGGGGUUGCCAGGGUGCAGUCUCAAUCAGGAGUGAUGACAGCUGAAACUGGAACAUACCGCUGGAUGGCUCCUGAGGUGAUUGAGCAUAAGCCAUAUGAUCACAAGGCAGAUGUUUUCAGCUUUGGAAUAGCACUCUGGGAGCUUCUCACAGGAGAGCUUCCAUAUGCUUAUUUAACUCCACUACAGGCAGCGGUCAGUGUGGUGCAAAAGGGUCUACGCCCUACAAUCCCUAAGCACACUCAUCCAAGAUUAGCAGAGCUGCUUGAGAGAUGCUGGCAGCAGGACCCAGCUCAAAGACCCAAUUUCUCUGAAAUAAUAGAUAUCCUUCAGCAAAUAGCAAGGGAGGUACUAUACUCCCAAGAGUAACCCUUUCUCCUACUGCCUUUAUCCCAUUUUAUCUGACGUACUUGCUUGAUCCUCUUCUUUUUCUUUUUCAAUGUCCCAAAAUAAAUAUAUUUGAGUAUUUCACAGUUUAACACCUUAAUCUUUAUUAACCUUUUACACUUUCCCCAAACUUUCCCAUACAAGGGUAACUUUGUAGAAUUUCACAUUGAAAGAAACAAAGUUGAAUGUAUAUUUUGCCUUUUAACUCUGCCAUAAUAUGGGUGAAAGGAGGGCCAUUAAACAAUUAACCUCUUUCUUUUAACAGGUAGCGGAUGAGGGAGGUGAUGGCCGCAAGGGUAAAUCUCCCGGCAGUUUUUUCUCAGCAAUCAUGAGGGGCCACCACUGAAUGUCAGAGAGAAUAACUGAACGCUGCAGAUAAGGCACGCAUAAUCUGAUUGCAUUUGCGAUCUCACCGUACUUCUUGCAUUAUACAGCAUUAUGCAUGAGCAGGAACCCCACUUUAGCCUUCUCGUUAACAGUUUCUUUUUGCAAUCAACCAUUUCUUUUUCAUUCUUCAUUUUCGCCUGUUUGUAAAACUUGCGUGUUCACAUUUUCAAUGUCUGAUUUGAAGUAAGCCUUGUUUUCAGGCAAUGUUUUAGUAGAGUUUUCAAGAUCAAGAAGCGCAAAUUUUAAUUUU